UCUCCAUCACUCUCCUCCUGCUCUCAAUGUGUGUGUGCUGCCACUCCUCUGAAGCUCAUCGUCAUCCUUCAGUAAAGCGACCAUGCUGCACUGCUGUCACCAAACCCAAUUUGAGCACUGAGGUGGUGGGGCAAACGUAUCGUGAGCAGGCUGCAUCAGAUCGCUGUGUGAAGGCUAUAAUUUUCAACACAAAGAAAGGACUGCUUUGUGCUGAUCCAAAUGCUCAGUGGGUCAAGGAUCUUACUGCCAAAAUGAUAAAGGUGAAGCAUUGAAGCACAAAGC